AACCGCUUCCGCUGUGUCUGUUAAUUAACUCCCACUUUUACCUUUUCCUUUUUGCAUUGCAUUCAUCUUUUUUCUUUCUUUAGUUUCGCUCAUCAACAGAUCCACCAUCACUAUGCUCUUCGCUUUAAGCUUUAAAGACUUUGAUGCAGACGUUUGGUACGUGCAUUGUUCGUGGCUUCAUAUUCAUUCUUGAGAGAGCUUUACUUUGCUUGUAUUAUUAUGGAUGCUUCGCCAUAUUUGUACCGACAACAGACAUGCUAAGCUAGGAAGAAAGCAACCGUGUUACAUCAUUGAGUAACGGAAUAUUGAUUGGAGAGAGAUGGUUUCCUUUGGGAAAAAGUUGAAAGAAAGACAAAUUCAAGAAUGGCAAGGAUAUUACAUAAACUACAAACUAAUGAAGAAACGAGUAAAGCAGUAUGCUCAACAAAUUGAACAUGGAACACUAGAUCGCCGGCAUGUACUAAAGGAUUUCUCAAGAAUGCUGGAUAAUCAGAUAGAGAAGAUUGUCCUUUUCCUGUUAGAACAACAAGGGGUUUUGGCAAGUAGGAUAGCACAGCUCGCGGAGAAGCAUGAAGUUAUUCAGCAGGAGCCUCACAUAAGCAAAAUAUCUGAACUACGAGAAGCUUAUAGAGCCGUGGGACAACAGUUAUUAAAGCUUCUCUUCUUUGUAGAGGUCAAUGCUGUUGGUUUGCGCAAGAUAUUGAAGAAGUUUGACAAACGCUUUGGCUAUAAAUUUACAGAUUACUAUGUUAAAACUCGUGCAAAUCAUCCUUACUCCCAGCUGCAACAAGUGUUCAAACAUGUGGGAUUUGGAGCUGUUGUGGGAGCUUUAUCUCGCAACCUUCAUGAACUUCAGGAGGAUCAGGAGAGUCAAGGAAGCUUCUAUUCAAUUUAUGAUCAGCCUACUCUUCCCCUUCAGGAUCCUGUUAUUGAUUCAAUAAGAGCAGCUGUUGAUAGGUUAACUAACUCAACCAACUUCCUUAACUUUUUGGGGAAGCAUGCACUCAUUAUGCAAGAGGAGCUGCCUGUACCUGCUGAUGAGCAUGUUGAUCAAAGAUACCAUUUUAUGUCUCUUUCCCUGAACUUGGCAAACACAUUUUUGUAUAUGGUAAAUACAUAUAUUAUAGUCCCUACAGCAGAUGACUACUCUAUCAGCCUUGGGGCUGCACCAACGGUUUGUGGUAUUGUGAUCGGGGCAAUGGCAGUUGCGCAGGUGUUUUCUUCAGUGUAUUUUAGUGCGUGGUCAAAUAUAUCUUACUUCAGACCUCUUGUAUUCAGUAGCAUAGUUCUUUUCCUCGGCAAUGCAAUGUAUGCCAUGGCAUACGAUAUUAAUUCUAUAUGGAUUCUCUUAAUUGGUCGUCUUUUAUGUGGAUUUGGUUCUGCCAGAGCUGUUAACCGGCGUUAUAUUAGUGAUUGUGUGCCUUUAAAAAUCCGCAUGCAAGCAUCAGCAGGUUUUGUUAGUGCCAGUGCUCUUGGAAUGGCCUGUGGUCCUGCAUUAGCCGGCUUACUACAGACCCAUUUUAAGAUUUAUAACAUUACAUUUAAUCAAGAUACCUUACCAGGGUGGGUUAUGGCUAUUGCUUGGCUGAUAUAUCUAGUGUGGUUGUGGAUCACUUUCAAGGAACCUUCUCAUGAUAUUGAAGAGAAUAAUACACCACACCCAUCCCAUGCUGAUAACAGUGCACUUGAGAAAGGCAUAAAACAGUCAUUGCUUAAGAGCUCGGAAAACAAGGAGGAUGAAGAUGCUGAUAGUGAAGAAGCUCCAGAGGAUUCUCGUCAGCCAGCCAAUUCAAUUGGAUCAGCAUAUAGACUCCUUACACCUUCUGUAAAGGUUCAGUUAUUGAUAUAUUUCAUGCUCAAAUAUGCAAUGGAGAUUUUACUAUCAGAAUCUAGUGUCAUCACAACAUACUACUUCAAUUGGACAACAAGCACGGUUUCCGUUUUUCUUGCUUGCCUUGGUUUGACAGUUCUCCCUGUAAACAUUAUUGUUGGAACUUAUAUAAGCAAUAUGUUUGAGGACAGGCAAAUUCUGUUGGCAUCAGAAAUUAUGGUUUUCGUAGGCAUAGUUUUCAGCUUCAAUGUAAUUUUUCCAUACUCUGAACCACAAUACAUCUCUUCGGGUCUCCUUAUGUUUGUUUCUGCUGAAGUACUUGAAGGUGUGAACUUGUCUCUUCUUUCACGAGUUAUGUCAUCAAGGCUUUCUCGUGGAACCUACAAUGGAGGGCUCUUGUCUACAGAGGCUGGGACACUUGCACGAGUGAUUGCAGAUGCCACCAUUACACUUGCUGGCUACGGGGGUGUCAAUAGGCUCCUCAAUGUCACUUUGCUUCCUUCCUUCUUCAUUUGCGUUAUUUCCAUACUUGCAACUUGUUAUACUUACAAUUCUCUAUAUUGAUUAUUGGUUUUCUCUAUGUUUUAAAUUAAAGAAAAACUUCCU